AUGGAUCCGAUUCAAGAAGCGAUUGAAUAUAUCGAAUCGCGUGCGGCUGGAGAUAAAUUCUCGUACCGCCAAGUUGCAAAAAUAUUCGGAGUUGAUCGAACGACGCUGUCGCGACGGCACAAAGGCGCACAACCGUCCAAAGUCGAACAAGCUGCCCAAGACCGCCGAAAUCUCAACCCACAACAAGAGCAUGAACUUGUGCUACACAUAGAACGUUGUACUCGCCGAGGGCUUCCUCCUACGCGUGAAAUGAUACAAAAUUUCGCGGCGACGAUAGUCAAAAAUGAGGUUUCCACAGCCUGGGUUUCCCGCUUUCUGCAUCGCCAUGCCGACGAGCUCACCAUCAAAUGGAGCACCGGGAUUGAUCGCAAACGUCACAACGCUGAUUCAGAAGAAAGAUACAGUCUAUACUUCGACUUGUUGCAUUCGAAAAUGCGAGAGUACGACGUUGACGCGCGCAAUACCUACAAUAUGGAUGAGAAGGGCUUCUUCAUCGGCAUCACAAACCGCACAAAGCGCGUCUUUUCUAAGGCACUGUGGGCGUCGGGAGAGAUCAAGGCGGCGAUACAGGAUGGCAACAGAGAAUGGGUAACGCUGCUGGCUUGCGUAUGCGCUUCUGGUGAGGUAUUGCCGCCCGCCAUCAUCUACAAGGGCACCGCCGGGAUUCAAUCGAGCUGGGUUGACGCCGUUGAGGUCGCAAAACAUGAGAUUUUCUUCUCAAACUCAGCGACGGGAUAG